UUUCAAGUCUAUGACUUUAAAAUACUCAUGGCUGCAAUACUGUAGAUAUGACUCUUCUGCAUAGCAAACUGGUUACUCAUAGCUGCAGUGCUGUAGAUAUGACUCUUCUGCAUAGUAAAUGCAUUUUAGACAAGCACUAAACCUAAGAGCUUUGGCACUAACCAAAAGGUUAGUGAAAUCCUGAUUAUCAGUAACCCUCAUUCUCCAUGAUGGCAUAUUAUGAUUCCAGUAUCAUAAUAAAGAGUUGUGAAUGUGCUGAUUCCUGUUUUAGCAGAUCAAUAUUGUGGAGUGAGUGUACUUAGCCAAGUUGAACUCUAAAUAUAGACUGAAAGGGGCAGUCUGUUUCACAGCUAUCUUUAUGGGUACUGCAGAACUCGACAGGUUCCUACGGGACUAAAAGUAGAGGAACUGCAGAACAAGUUUUUUUCACAUGAUUUUCACUGGCUGAUUUCUUCCAUGCUGGCACAUUACUUGAAUGUAAUUAUGUUCUCAAGUUGUUAAGAAGAGUCUUCCCUGAAGCUGCAGGGAGGUAUUAAUCAAAAUAGAGAAACAACUGCUCUUCAGAAUCUGAAAAUAACCAAAAGCCGUUGUGCACGAAUUGGUAGCUUUUAGCACACCGUUCAAACCCAGGGUCCAUAGUGAUUGUGUUGGCUGAGGAUGUGCAUGUGGGGACACAGCAGUGCCAGCUCUGGUGGGAAUGUGGCUCACAGACUCUGCUGCCUGCUGCCACGUCACGUUCUAGAGGAAGGGCAGUGGGCACAGCCAUCUGUCCUGUAGUUACUGCUGCACACCUGAAAGUUGUGUAAUAGAGAAAAUGGAGAGGACUUCCUUGGAAUUUAACCUGCCUGAUACUCAUCAAGAAGGAAAACUUUAUGUAGUUGAUUCCCUAAACAACCUAAACAAGCUAAAUGUUUGUCCAGCUGAAUCCCAACGUUCACUAGAUGAGGAAGAGAACACUGGUGGGACUGAAGAACACAUGGCAGGGAGCAACACAAGAAACCAGUGCUUGCUCUUCACCUUUAUUCUUACUUUGGCUGUCACUUUGGCACUUGUUUCAUUUGUAAUAUUCUUAAUAUUUCAAACUAGAAAUGAAGUGGACCAAAUAUCAAGCAGACUGCUAUCUGAAAAGAAGAACAUAGAAGAGCUGAAGAGACUCAACAAUAUUAUAUUAAAACAUCUGAAUCAAUCCAGAAUAAUGGAAAAGCCUUCUGAUCUUCAUUAUUUCUUCUUUACCCAUGCUGAGCUCAAAGUCCCUGGAGAAUAAAUCUUCUUAGGAAAGAAAUUCAGCAUAUUUGUAACUCAGAUAUUUUCACAUAUGGCACACAGAUUGCUGAAACACGGUUGCUGAAACAUUGCUGGAAAAGCCAGCUGAAUGAAAAAUAUUAGCAAAUAGUAUUUUAUCCUGUUUUAUGUGGACAUAGAUUUGUAAUACUAAGACCACAUGAUUCAUGAUAAACAAUGGAUUGUCAGUUUGGGACAAGACUCCCAGAUUCCCUCUGCAUAGUAAAUCACAUGGAUAAGGGCCUAGUUUUACUUUAAAUGUAAGUGAACGAUCACAGAAAAUCACGAGUUCUAUUCACACGAUUCCAGCAUGACCUUGCUUAUUUUAUCAUUCUUCUGUUACCUAUGUACAAGCUUUCUGUUUAUUUCUAUUACUAUUUUUAUCCGGUGCGGCCUGCCUGCUCCCUGCAGCUGCCGGGCUUUGUUCCGUCUGCAGCACCGGGACCGAGCGCAGACAGAGAGCGUGCCCGCGGCUAAAGAAAGGACUGGAACCCAGUUUGCUGUUCUGUUUUGUUGGUAAUU